AUGGCCGCGGCGGCGGACUACCUGCGCGCGUCGCGGCGCAAGGGCAUCGAGCGCGACAAGGUCGAGUCGUUCCGCAAGAUGGCCGAGGAGGCGAUGCGCGACGAAAAGGCCCACCGCGAGCAGCUCGAAAAAGAGGCCGCCGCGCGCGCGAUCUACGACGCUCGCAUGGCCCGCGAGGCCGCGAGCCGCGACGCGGCGCUGGCGCGGCGCCGCGACGCCGAGGCCGGCUUCCGGGCCAUGCUCGAGCGCGAGGCGGCCGCGCUCGCCGCCGCGCGCGACGACCCGCAAACGCCGGGCCCCGGCGUGGCUUUUACAUUGAACCCCGGCGACGUCAAGUGCAAAGUGAUCAAGCGCGCCGGCGAGGACGGCGCCGCCGCCGCCGCGCGCUUCUGCGCGGGCGCGCCGCCGGCCGAAACCUACGAGUGCACGAACGCGCACGCGCUCGACGUCGCGCGGCAGCUCGGCGGCGCCGCGGCCGGCGACCCGGCGGCGCUGCGGGACGCGGCGGCGGUCGCCGAGGCCGCGGGCGACCUCGCCGGCGCCCUCGCGGACCUGAUCCGCGCGGCGUUGGCCGCGGAGCCGCUCGCGGGCGCGUCCGACGACGGCGCGCUCCUGGUCAAGAAGCUCCACGAGGACCUCGACCGGCUGCGGAAGACCUGCCGGGCCGCCGUCCACGCCGUGCGGGACCUGUCGCGCGCGCUCGACGAACGCGCGACGGACGAGGACUCCAAGGCCGACUGGACCAAGGCCGUCGCGUCGCUCGGCCUGCUCGUCCGCGGCGGCGCGCCGACGAAGUGGGCCGUCUGGCUCGCGCGGUCCCGCGCGGUGCUCGGCGACCACGCGGGCGCCGAGGCCGCCGCGGCCGCGGCGCUGCAGCACCUCGAGACGUCGGACAAGGCGACGAUGCGCCUCCCCUUCGACGCCGGCGCGCCGAAGACCCUCGCGCUGACCAUCGGCGCGGCCGCGGCGCUCGAGCGCGGCCGCCUCGACAAGUCGAUCAAGUUCGUCCAGGCGGGCCUGCGCCACGACCCCGACUCGGCGCCGCUCAAGAAGCAGUACGACGGGCUCAAGUCGCUGAAGCGGAAGACGGAGGCCGUCGACAAGCACCUGAGGAAGGGCUACUCCGUGAAGGCGUUGGACGCGCUCGACGAGGCCUUCGGGAGCCUCGACGCGCUGAGCCACGAGCUCGAGGGGUCGCGGCUCGCGAGCUACCGCGCGACGCUCCAGCUCCGGGCCUGCCACGCCAACUCCAAGGUGAAGCGCCACGAGGUCGCCUUCGACGCGUGCGACGGCGCCGUCGCCGCGCUCGACUCCGUCGACGCGCGCGCGGCGCGCGCGCUCGCGUACGAGCGCGACGACGACUUCGAGAGCGCCGUGCGCGACUGGCGCGCGUGCAUCGAGCUCGUCGGCGGCGAGCGCAUGGCGAACGAGGCCUACGCGUACGUCGACGACGAGGGCGUCGAGCACAGUGUCGAGCACGACCUCCGGCGGAAGCUCCAGGACGCGCGGCGCGGCGAGGACGCGUGGGAGAAGCGCCGCGACCACGCCAAGGUCCUCGAGCUCCCGGCGAACGUCGACUCGCUCUCCAAGGACCGCAAGUGCUUCUGGCUCAAGAAGCACCACAAGAAGAUGGCGCGCCAGUGGCACCCGGACAAGGCCCGCGGCUCCAAGGAGCGCGCCGCGCGGAAGAUGGCCGAGAUGGUGAUCACAACGCGCGAGGCCAUCGUGGCGUCGUUCGACGCGCCAUCAAAACUUUCGGCCGCCGGCUCGACGGAGCUCUCGAUGCGCUGCGUGAACGGCGAGUCGCCGGAGACGGGCUCGUCGACGGGCCUCGACUCGUCGGGCUACUCCAUCGGGACGCCGCUCCGGCGGCAGAUCCCGCGGUCGGCGACGCCGACGGGCCGCGCUUCCCCCGUCGCGCGGGGCCUCUUCCCCCGGCCGCCGUCGCCGGGCCUCGCGCGCGCGGCGACGCCGACGCGCGCGGAGACGCCGACGCACCGUCGCCGCCUCGCGACGUCGUCGCCGGCGACGAUCGUCGAGGACCUCGACAGCGACAGCGACUUCUUCGUCCGCGGCGACGGCGAGCGGCUCCUCAAGGGCGGGGCCCUGGAGCUCGGCGGCGCCGCGGUCUUCGGUUUGCUGGUCGCGACGGCGCGGUCGACGGCGCUCCGCGUCUGCGACGACCGCGCGGGCGAGGCCGCGCGCGAGCUGCCCGUGCGCGACGUGUCGCGCGCGGGGCCGCGGGCCUUUGCCGUCGCGGGGACGACGCUCGUCGCGCCGUCGGAGGCCGCCGCCGACGGCUGGCUCGCGGCGCUCGGCGCCGCGGCCGCGCCGCCGCCCGCGGCCGAGGCCGCGCGGGCGAUCGCGGCCGUCGAGUGGACGCUCGACGCCGCGGCCGAGGCGACGCUCGCGGGCGCCGUCGUCAAGCUGGGCUUCCUCGAGCAAAACGGCGAGCGGGGCUUCUACGGCCUCGCGCCGACGACGUUCGACGACGACGGCGUCUACGUCGGCCCCGCCAUCCGCCGCUACGACCGCGGCGAUCCGAACUCGCCGCGCGCCGUCGUCGACGCGCACCUCCUCGACGGCUGCGUCGCCGUCGCGGCCGACGGCGACGCGUUCCGCGUCGACUUCCCGCCGGCCGUCGCCGAAACGCUCGUCUUCCGCGCGUGCUCCGCGGCGGACGCGGAGACCUGGGCGGUCCGCUGCCGCGCCGUCAUCGACCGCCACUACGACGUCGGCGCGGCGCUGCGCGACGGGGGGCUCGGCCACAAGCCGCGGCGCCGCCGCGACGCCGUCGUCGCGCUGCGGCGCGGGGGCGCCGCGCGGCCCCCGGCGCCGCCCGCGGGCCUCCUCUACGAGAUCGAGGCGCGCGAGUCGCCGGACCCGCCGGCGGCCGCCGCGGCGCCGCCGGCGCAGCCGGAGCCCGCGGCGCCGCCGCCGUCGGCGGCGUCGUCGCCCUACGAGCUCGCGCGGUUCCUCGGGCGGUCGCCGCCGCGGCCGGAGGCGCCCGACGUCGGCGACGCGCCGUCGACGGCGUCGAGCGCGCCGUCCGCCGAGGAACCGGAACACCGGGGCCCGUCGCCCUACGACCUCGCGUGCGAGCUGCGGCGGUCCGCGCCGGACGUCGCCAUGGAGGGCCUGCUCUGGCGCCGGGGCGCGGCGACGCCCUGGAAGAAGCGGCACGCGUCGCUCGUCCUCGACGGCCGGCGCACGCGUCUGGUCUACCGGAACGGCGACGCGCGCGUGCUCGGCGAGUGCUUCCUCCGGGACCUGGCCGACGUCGUCUCCGUCGACGGCGGGGGACGCACGGGCGCCUGCUUCGACCUCACGUUCGCCGGCGGCGGCGAGCCCACGUCGCUCUGCGCGGAGACGGCCGAGGACCGCGACGCGUGGACCGCGGCGAUCGUCGCCGCGGCCGCCGCGCGCGCGGCCGCGCCGCCGGCCGCCGCGCGGUCGCCGCCGCGCGUCGCCGUCGACGUCCGCGAGGCGCUCAAGUCCUUCGUGAAGCGCGCGCCGCCGCGGGCCGCGCGGCCCGACGCGGGCCGGCGCCUCGACUUCGCCGACGAGGCGCGCGCGGGGGACGCCGCCGCGCCGGCGACCGACGCCGCGGCGCUCCGCGCGUCCGUCGCGGACCUGCUGCGGCGCGCCGCGGCGUCGCCGGGGGACGGCGGCCUCCAGGAGGCCGUGCGCGGCCUCCGCGCGGACGUCCUCGCGGCGUCGCGCGGCGCGGCGUCGCCCGGCGCGGAGCCGCGGCCGCCGGCGCGCGCCGCGGAUCGGCGCGCGGCGGACCCGGCGCCGCCGGCGUCGCCGCCGGCGCGGCCGCGGCACCCGCGGGACCGCGCGGCCGCGCGCCGGGCCGCCGCGGCCGCGCCGCGGUCGACCCGUCGCGCGGGCGGCCGCCGGGGCUCGCCCGAGCCCCGGCGCGUGGCGGACCGCCGGGACGGCGACGCCGCGGCCGCGCUCGCGACGCGCCGCUUCCACUGGAUCCGCCGCGAGCCGUCGCCCGGCGGCGCGCCGGCGCGCGCGCCGGGCGGCGCGGGCCGGCGGCGGCCGCCGCGGCCGCCGCCGCUCGAGCUCCCGCUCGAGGACGUCGAGGCCGCGUCGGGCCCGCGGUCCGAGACGCCGUCGCCCCCGGACGUCACCGCAGCGGCCGUCGCCGCCGUCGAGUGGGUCGGCCGCGACGCGCCCGAGCGCCGCGACGCGCUGGAGAGGGUCGUCGCGUUCGCGGGCGCGCUCCGCCGCGGCGGCGCGGAGUUGCGGGUGGAACUCCGGUCCGCGGCCUUCGACGACGGCGUCUACGUGGGCCCGAGCCUGCGCUGGGGCGGCGGCCGCGAGUGCCUCCUCGACGGCGCGGCGGUGGCCGAGAGCGGCGCCGCGGGCUUCGAGCUUUUAGCCGGCCGCCGCCGCGAGGCCUUCGCCGCGGCGUCGGCGGGUGCGCGGGACCGCUGGGUCGCGGAGCUCCGCGGCGCCAUCGCGCGCCACGGGCGGCUCCUCGCGGCGCUCGACGGCGAGGCGCCGCCGACGUCCGCCGCGGUCCGCGACGCGGCGAUCGCGCGGCGCCGCCGCGCGGCGUCGGCCGCGCGCGCGGCCGAUGGCGGCGACCGCGACCGCGCGGCCUACGCGCGCGGCCUCCUCGACGCCGCGACGUUCCAGGACCGCGUCCACGCGCUCGCGCGGAGCGAGGAGGAGCUCCUGCGGCUGCGGCUCGAUUUGGCCGGCGUCCGCGCGGACGUCGAGGACAUGCGCGCGCGCGCGGACGACGAGGAGAACCCUUAA